CCCGGCUCCGUGGUGCUCGCAGCCACCGCCUCCUCUCGGCUCCGGGUCUUCCCCUUCCUUUUACAACUGAUCCUGUUGGGGAUUUUUUUUUUUCUAAAUUGGAGCGGUGGGGAGGAGAAGGGAGGGGGGGAACAGGAGGAAGGAGAGAGAUUAGGCAGCCAUCAAUCUCCUCCUGUUUCUCCCAGAACAGGUGAUGCUUCUAAAUUGUGAUCACUUUCUGGAGGCAGAACUGCCGCUGCAAGGAUGCGAGCGACUUAGGACAGAGGGCCUGAGGCGGCAGAUCUGAACUUGCGGAGGAGAAAACCCAAACUUUAACUACAUCAGUCCGCACCUCACGCGUGAAGCAAAGUACUGGUUAUCUUUUUUUUUUCUUUUCCAAGAGAGACUCAAACUUCAGCACUUGAUCCCUGUUUUUUUGGAUUGCUUUGGAGGAAACGGUUUGGUGACAGCGUUGGGAACAGUAACGACAGUGUUGUAACUCUUAUUUUUAAAGAGACAGUAGAUCAGAUUUUUUAAAUGUUUGGGAUUCAAGAUACUUUAGGAAGAGGACCAGCUCUGAAAGAGAAAUCGCUGGGCGCCGAGAUGGAUUCGGUCAGGUCCUGGGUCCGGAAUGUCGGCGUGGUGGACGCCAAUGUCGCGGCGCAGAGCGGAGUCGCCCUGUCCCGUGCUCACUUUGAGAAGCAGCCUCCUUCCAACUUGAGGAAAUCCAACUUCUUUCACUUCGUCCUGGCGCUUUACGACAGGCAGGGGCAGCCGGUGGAGAUUGAGCGCACAGCCUUCGUGGACUUUGUGGAGAACGACAAAGAACAAGGCAACGAGAAGACCAACAACGGCACCCACUACAAGUUACAGCUCCUCUACAGCAACGGCGUCCGCACGGAGCAGGACCUGUACGUCAGGCUCAUUGACUCGGUCACCAAGCAGCCCAUAGCUUACGAGGGACAAAAUAAGAAUCCGGAAAUGUGCCGAGUUCUCCUGACACACGAAGUCAUGUGCAGUCGAUGUUGCGAAAAGAAAAGUUGUGGAAACCGAAAUGAGACUCCUUCAGAUCCUGUCAUCAUCGACAGAUUCUUUUUAAAAUUUUUCCUCAAGUGCAAUCAGAAUUGUUUGAAAACAGCAGGAAACCCAAGGGACAUGAGAAGGUUUCAGGUUGUGUUGUCGACAACGGUGAAUGUGGAUGGACAUGUGCUGGCUGUUUCUGACAACAUGUUUGUUCAUAACAACUCCAAGCACGGGCGGAGGGCGAGGAGACUGGACCCGUCAGAAGCUACCCCCUGCAUCAAAGCCAUUAGCCCAAGCGAAGGCUGGACCACAGGAGGAGCCAUGGUCAUCAUUAUUGGGGACAACUUCUUUGAUGGCCUCCAAGUGGUGUUUGGGACGAUGCUUGUAUGGAGCGAGCUAAUAACUCCUCAUGCCAUCAGAGUGCAGACUCCUCCCCGGCACAUCCCCGGAGUAGUGGAAGUGACAUUAUCUUACAAAUCCAAACAGUUCUGCAAAGGAGCUCCAGGGAGGUUCAUUUACACAGCAUUAAACGAACCCACCAUAGACUACGGCUUCCAGAGGCUGCAGAAAGUUAUCCCGAGGCACCCUGGAGAUCCUGAGAGAUUAGCUAAGGAAAUGCUGUUGAAAAGAGCUGCAGAUCUCGUGGAGGCCCUCUAUGGCACACCACACAAUAACCAGGACAUCAUUUUGAAGCGAGCUGCAGACAUUGCUGAAGCUCUGUACAGUGUCCCCAGGAACCCCAGCCAGAUCCCAGCUCUUUCCAGCUCUCCAGCUCACAGUGGCAUGAUGGGCAUCAAUUCUUAUGGCAGCCAACUUGGGGUCAGCAUCUCAGAGUCAACACAGGGAAAUAAUCAAGGAUACAUCCGCAAUACAAGCAGCAUCUCUCCGCGGGGCUACUCUUCCAGCUCUACUCCUCAGCAGUCUAAUUACAGCACCUCCAGUAACAGUAUGAAUGGCUACAGCAACGUUCCCAUGGCCAACCUGGGUGUUCCAGGGUCACCAGGAUUUCUAAACGGCUCCCCCACAGGCUCCCCUUAUGGAAUCAUGUCAUCAAGUCCUACUGUUGGAUCUUCCAGCACGUCUUCCAUCCUCCCAUUUUCCUCUUCAGUUUUUCCUGCUGUCAAACAGAAGAGUGCCUUUGCCCCUGUCAUCAGGCCCCAAGGCUCCCCUUCUCCCGCCUGCUCCAGUGGCAAUGGAAAUGGAUUCAGAGCCAUGACCGGACUUGUCGUGCCCCCAAUGUAAAGAAGAAGAACUGCUUUCUUAUAGCACAAAACUACUUACUCUGAUGGACCAAUAAUGAAGAAAGCACUAUGAGCUCUGUGUGGGGAGUGUUGUGCCCCCAAAAGGAACAUGAUGGACAGAUUUGGGUGUAUGAGGAGCGGCGUCUUAUCUGGUCUCACAUUUCUCAUGUAGCUCUGAUGGUGGCUACAUAAACUGACCCUCUUGGGGACAAGGACAAAAGAUGUCAUUGACAUAGUCAGUGCUAAAAGCAGAAAUUCUUUGUUAUGAACAUUGUAAGAACCACCUUCCUAUGUUUGUAAAAUAUUUAAGAAAAAAAUUGGCAAACAAUUCAUGCUUAAUAUUUUGGAUACUAUUUGUUUUUCUUUGUAGGAAAAAAAAGUUGAAAGUUUCUAUUUUCUAUGAAGCCUUUCAGAUACCAAUUUAGUUUAUGCAGAAAAAAAAAAUUGAACAAAACAGGGUACCAGCAUGGAAGACUUUCUUAAGACGAAACCUGAAUUGAAUGAUGAAAUGUUGUUGUAUGUGUGUUUGCUUAUAGUUUAAUCUCUUUAAAAAAAAAAACAAACGAACAAACAAAAAAAAAACAAAAAAAGGGAAAAAAUUUAAAAUGUUUUACAAUUAUUUAAAUAAAUAAACGUGUAACUUAUUGUAAGUAGAGGUAGAAAUUAAGACCUUUUUGGAAGAGAGGAAUUUCUCUUCCCGAUGUAAAAUGAAACUGAUGCAAACAUGUAGUAACAAGUUUAAAAGGUGUGUGAUUAUUACUGCAGUUACUUACUAGACUCUUAUCCCCCAUCUUGCAUCCCCCUCUUUUCCAUCAUUUUAUUGACCCAUGGGCAAGAACAGGUACCUGAUGUAGAUUCCUACAGAACAACCCAAUACGGAAAGAUUCAAGUCCAUACACAUACACAGACACUCAAGUCCAUCAAUUCACUCCCAGCUCCAUCUGCUUUCUAAAUAGUCUACAUAUCCCUUUUUGUAUUCACUCUUUGUAAAUUUUUUUAAAACGUGUAUUAGCUUUCAACAUUCUCCCGAGCGUGCAGAGAAUUCCCAUGUUUCAGCGUGUCCCCGGCUUUGCAUCCUAGGGAAAGACCUUAAAGAAGAGCCAAAGCCACGUGACUUUCCCAGUCCAGCAGCCCCUUUGGAAAUCUUAACAGAGCCACACUCUCCUUCCACUUGGGUUAUCUGGGUCAACAUCGAGGUAGAAACCCCACAGAACUUCAGAAACAGGGUUUGAAGAAGACAACUUUGUUUCUUGAACUCUUAGAAUGUCCAAAUCUUUUCUUCUGUUUGCAGAUUUCCCCUUUCGUGGAAUGAAACUCUCUUGAAAAAAUUAUGGAUCCAAUUUGACCCAGUUUCCAGGCAGGAAUGGGAUGGGAUGUGGAAGAGGAAUGUUAAAAGCCCUAAAUCCCUCUCCUCAUGUUCAAAGAAAUGGAAACUCAGAUUCUUAGCAAGGUCAGAGAUGGGGGGCACCUGUGUUCCCAGCAGCUCAGUUAUCCAGGCCUUCAAUGGGCUCUCCGCAGUUCUGGGAGGGGCUCUUAGAGGGAGAAACAUUGCAAGAGCUGCUAACAGUGGCUGAGUUUUGAAAGCUUGUGUGAUCCUGGGGAUGUAGCCAGACUUGUUUGGAUUGCCAAUAAGGAUGUCAUUUUUUUUUUCCACGCCAGGGUUCUCCUUGUUGACUCUUUGGCACCACAAUAUAGUCUAUACACAGACUCCAGCUUGGGGUUCUUGGUUGGGGUUCCAGCAUUACAGAUUGAUGCAGUUCUCAUGGAAAAACAUCUUUAGUGCAUAUGAGCCAAUUUUACAUGACUUUGUAAGUUCUGUCUCCCUCCUGUUUGCCCCGGAGAUACAUGCCCAUCUCUAUUCAAUCCUAACAGUAUCCUUUGCCUUUAUUCUGGAAUUACCCAAUAGGACCCAACUAUUAUUUCUAUGCACAUGAGAUUCCAAGGUUUGGGAUACCUGACAUGCUUAUAACUCUUGCUGACAGUCCCUCACAGUCAGGGCUUAAAGCACCAAAAUACAGGGAAACACACCAGAGAACAUUCUCUGGUGAAGAAUCUGAUGGGAGGGGACGAGUGAGCGGAAUACAAACAUUACCAUCCGAAAGUGAAGGCAGAACGAACUCACGCAUAGUUAGACCUGGAUUUGAGCCAAUCUAACAUAAGGAAAUGUUUUUUUCAGUAGCAUUGCUUUUAGAAUCUGUGAUAUUUGCUCUUGCAUGAAGAUGAGUGCAGUACUGUCUUCAAAAUGAUUGUAGAAUUUGUCGGUAGCUUUAUACCGAAAAAUGUGUGUCACUAAAUGCCAGACAUCCUUGACCAUUCAGCUAGAACCUUGGCAGCAACAGAUCUAUUUAAUUGUACAAAUGUGUGUAAGGAUUAUUUUUAGUGUACUAAUAAAUUGAAAACAAAGCUACUCUGUCCUCUUUAGUCAUUGCUAUUGAAUCAUUUUGGUCCCAGGUUAUUUUUGUGCCACUUUGGAAGAUGAGUAUUUCUAUAGGUAACUACAAAUUCUAGCCUAUCUUUGUAAGAGGAGCUGUGUAAGAAUUUUUCAUUUAAAGGGACAAUUUACUUCAUUAUUUAUCUCUUUUUUGUUUUGUUUUGUUAUAGCAUUGUAUUUUUUCCCAGUUUUUCUUUGCACAUUUCAAUAUGCAUGGUUUAAAAACCAUUAUUUUCUCUACCUUUUGUACAGUAAGGUCUCAUCUUCAAACUGUAUAGUUUCAUUUUCUUGUUUUGCUUUGUCAGUUAUAUACAGUAUAAAGUUGCUAUGCACAGAGCUUUUUGUAAAGACAGCUUUUUUGUUUACUGUUUUUAAUGGUCUUACUUAUGAAAGAAUAUCUUGUUUGUAAAAUGAAUAUGUCUACUUCAGUUUUAAACUUUAAAUUAUCCUAACAAAAAAUAAAAUUUUUGUACUGU